CCUCAACACAAAAGCUUUGUCGUCCCCAGGUUUGAGCCAUACCAUCCAACAACAUGAGCUCCUUCCAGAACGGUGGCGCCCCGCCGCGCGAUCUCGACGAUGAUUCUGACAUCGAGGAGGAGGCUCUCGCUGCCAACUACCGGGAGCAGGUACAAUAUGAGGGCAUGGAGGAGACGCCAAUGAGCAUGGCACAACAGACCGACGAUAUUCAAUCAAGACUCGCUGCGGCCGCCCAACCUCUGGAUUUCUCGGCGCCGUUGGACGUCAAAUUCGCAAGUUACGAUAACUACUGCAGCUUGUUCCACUUUAUCUUGAACUCUGAUGGACCAGUUGACUUGGAGCCACCUUCGGUACGUACGCAAUCUGCAGAUACAACGCGAUGGCCGAAACUGACUCUUACUAGUACUACUGGGCUUGGGAUGUUAUCGAUGAGUUUAUCUACCAGUUCAACUCCUUCUGCUCAUACCGAAACCGCAUCGCGCGACAGGGUAACAAUGAGGAGGAAAUCGCCAUUCUACGAGAAGCGCCAAACACGUGGGGUUGCUACAGUGUCUUGAACGUCCUAUACUCCCUCAUCCAGAGAUCGCAAAUCAAUGAACAAUUGGCAGCCAUGAAGCGCAACGAAGAGCCAAUGGCUGUGGCAGGCGAUUACGGAUCGAAGUCGUUGUACAGAAUGUUGGGAUAUUUCUCUAUCAUUGGGCUUUUGAGAGUUCACUGCCUUUUGGGAGAUUUUAGUCUUGCAUUGAAGACUCUUGAUGAUAUUGAACUCAACAAGAAGGCUAUGUUCGCCCGAGUUAUGGCUGCACAUUUCACCACCUACUACUACGUGGGUUUCUCAUACAUGAUGAUGAGACGAUAUGCCGAUGCCAUUCGCAUGUUCAGCCACAUUCUCAUCUAUGUUUCAAGAACAAAGAACGUUCAAAAGAGCGCACAAUAUGACUCCAUCUCCAAGAAGAAUGAUCAGAUGUACGCCCUUAUCGCAAUCUGUGUUGCUUUCCACCCAACCAGACUUGAUGACACCAUCCACACCGCACUCCGCGAGAAGUAUGGUGACCAGCUUUUGAAGCUUCAACGAGGUGGCCCAGAGUCGCUCCCAAUUUUCGAGGAGUUGUUCCGUUCAGCCUGCCCCAAGUUCAUCUCACCAACUCCACCAGACUUUGACAACCCAGAGCUGAAUGUUGACCCCCUUGAGCACCACCUUGCCAUCUUUAUGGAUGAGGUCAAGACCAACAUGUGGAGCCCUACAGUCAAGUCUUAUCUCCGACUUUACACCACCAUGGACUUGAAGAAAUUGGCUGGAUUCCUUGAGGUUGAACCAGAGAAGCUCCGCGGAUGGUUGUUGGUCAACAAGCAAAGAGGACGACAAAUCCGAUGGACUGAUAAUGGUCUUUUGGACGGUGAGGUGGUUGGUUCUGGAGAUCUCGACUAUGCUAUGCAAGGAGUAAGUGGUAUAAUUUUAUCCAAGUGUUUUACUCUACUAACGCUUUUCAGGACUUGAUUCACAUCUCAGAAGCCAAGGUUGGCCGCAAGUUGGUGGAUUGGUAUCUACGAAACUUGGCACGAACAUACUAGACGAUGAUUUCUUUCGGGAUGGGAAAGGGGCUUUUGCAUGGUAAUGGCGUCUCGGUUGAAAAGCGAACCCAGGGCUUUCUGUUUGCGCUGGGAUCGAGGAGGCAGCCAAUAUGACUGUCUGCUGGAAAUGGGAUGCAAAGGCAAUUAUGCAUGAUGAAUGAUGGCAGAGAU